AUGACCAACCCCCAUCAGUAUCACCCAACCAGUUUCAUUCUGCUCGCCCCACACCCCACCUCCAAAACGGACAAACCCCCAUCAGCACCCCCCACCCAGUAUCAUUCUGUUCUCCCCACACUCACCCCCACCCCCAAACUCACCAACCCCCAUCAGAACCCCCAUACAGUAUCAUUCUGUUCUAGCCCCACACACCACCUCCAAAUCCAACCAUCAGCUAUCAGAACCCCCAACCCUCAAGCUUUCAUUCUGCUCGCCAAACAGUCAACCCCCAAAACUGAUCAAACCAGUAUCAUUCUGUUCUCCACACACCACACCUCCAAACUGACCAUCCCCAAUCAACCCCACCAGAACCCCCCACCCAGUAUCAAUCUGUUCGCCCCACACCCCACCUCCAAACUGACUAUCCCCCAUCAGAACCCCCAACCAAGUAUCAUUCUGCUUUCACCCCACACCACCUCCAAAAUGACCAACCACGCUCAGGACCCUCCACUCAGGAUCAUUCUGCUCUCCCAACACCCCACCUCCAAAAUGACCAACCCCUAUCAGAACCCCCCACACAGUAUCAUUGUGUUCUCCAAACACCCCACCUUCAAACUGACCAACCCCAACCAAUCUGACCCACCACCAUCAGAACCUCCCACCCAGUAUCUUUCUGCUCUCCCUACACCCAACCUCCAAUCAGACCAACCACCAUCAGAAUUCCCCACCCAGUAUCAUCCUGCUCACCCCACACCCCACCUCAAAACUGACCAUCCACCAUCAGAACCCCCCACCCAAACCCCCACCAAGUAUCAUUCUGUUCUCCCCACAUCCGAACUGACCAACCCCUAUCAGUAUCCCCCACCCAGUAUCAUUCUGUUCUCCCAACACCCCACCUCCAAAAAGACCAACCCCUACCAGAACCCCCCACUCGGUAUCAUUCUGUUCUCCCCACACCCCACCUCCAAUCUGACCAACCACCAUCAGAACCUCCCACCCAGUAUCUUUCUGCUCUCCCCACACCCAACCUCCAAUCAGACCAACCACCAUCAGAAACCCCCACCCAGUAUCAUUCUGCUCACUCCACACUCCACUCCCAAACUGCCCAACCCCCAUCGGAAUUCCAUACCAAGUAUCAUUCUGUUCCACCCUCCCCUCCAAACUGACCAUCAGCCAUCAGAACCGCCCCCCCUCUAUCAUUCUGCUUGCCCCACACCCACCUCCAAACUGACAGCCCCCAUCAGUAUUCUCCCACCAAGUAUCAUUCUGUUCUCCUACACUCCACCCUCCUCAUUGACCCUCACCCCCAUCAGAAACCCCCACCCAGUACCAUUUUGUUCGCUUCCACACCCAACCUCCAAACUGACCAGCCCCAAUCAUGUCAUUCUGCUCACCUCAAAACGGACCGUCAGCCAUCAGGAACCGGUGUCCAGCAUCAUUUCCCAACAUCCCCAGUCUCCACCUGGACCAACCCCUCCAGAACCGUCCAAUCAGUCAUUCCUCCGGGUUACCUUCAACCCUAUCAGGUGUCAUUUCUGUUCUCCCCACAUCCCACCUCCGUUGACCAACCCCUAUCAGGUGUCGUUCUGUUCUCCUCACAUCCUAACUGGACCAACCUCAUCAGUAUCCGGUGUCAUCAUUCUGUUCUCCCAACACCCCACCUCCAAAAGACCAACCCUACCAGAACCCCCACUGUUCUGUUCUCCGGUGUCGUUCGUUCCAAACUCACCUCAUCAGAACCUCCCACCUAGUAUCUUUUCUGUUUCCCCACACCCCAACCUCCAACUGGGACUCAACCAUCCAACCCCCACCCAGUCUUUCUGCUCUCCCACACCUCCACUCCCAAACUGUCGGAAUCUCCAUACCAAGUGUCAUUCUGUUCACUCCCCCACCCCCCACACACCUCCACUGACCAUCAGCCAUCAGAACCCCCCACCCAGUAUCGUUCUGCUUGCCCCAACACCCCACCUCUGUGACCAACCACCAUCAGAACCCCUAAUCAGUAUCAUUCUCUCGUCACCACACCACACCUCCAAACUUACGUUCAACCCCCUAUCAGAGCUCCCACACGGUCGUUCAUUCCAUCCCACUUCCAAAUUGGACUACAACCCCUAUCAGAACCCCCACUAA